AUGGCCCAACCGUUCAAAAUCCUCCACCUUCCCACCUUGCCUCUUAAAAAUGUUCUACAAUUUUUGAAUCCAAUCGAGUUAUUCGAAUUAUCUCAAUGCUCCCAAAAAACGAGAUUCAACAUACCUCUUGCCGGUACAAAAAAGUUCCAUUGUCGCAUCAAUGUUGGAUCUUACUGCAUUGUAAUCAACAAUUACGUGUUUCUUGUAGAGAAUAACCGUGACAAAACGGAUUACCGUUACAUUAAUGAAUUUCGAGGAAACCGAAAGUUUAUGGAAACCAUUGUUGACGUUGCUUAUAAAUGGGAACGCAGGAUAAUCAGUUUUUGGGAUAACACAUUUAUUGGAUUGAAGAAUGUAUUGUUUCACGUCACAGAAGUUUUUGGGUGUCCCAUUAAUGCUCUUACAUGGUCGUGGCCAAUGCCAGCAGAGAUCUACAACUCAAUUAUUGAUUUUAUGAUCACCCGCCAAUCUGAAAUCAAAAAAUUAACAAUUGGUGGAGUUUCAUUGACUGAUGAAGAUGUAAUGAAGAUAUUCAGAAGCCUUAAAAUCACCGAAGACUUGGAAAUGAGAUACCAGUUCUCUAGGCCCCAGACCAUUCCAUUUAACACCAAAUCAGUUUUGAUUUGGCACUCGCAUUGGAUCACUCCAACUCAUUUGAGUGCCAUGAAAAACUGCCUAAUUAUUGACCUUAAACAGUCUACUCUAACUGACGACGAUAUGAAGUGGCUCUUGGAAAGCUGGAAAUCAGGAGAGUAUCCAAACCUAGAGUACUUAUCAAUCAAGAGCACCGCACUUAGCAGUAACUUUACUGUCUUCGGAUUGCCAUCUCUUCAAGAUAAUGUCAAUCCACAUCUCCUUGAGAAGCAUAUUCUUGGGGAAAGCAGAUUAAUACAUAGAACAAUCGACAUCCAACGAGGCGAUGGAGCCCCCGCCAAAAUUCACUUCGACGGCAAAGACGGCACUGUUGCGCUUCUCGUGUUGUAA